AUGAGACUCGUCACUUUCCCUGGACAAGGCUCCCCAGUUCUGACUCAAGUUCUUAAAAAGUAUAUAGCGCAGCGUAGCCCCGCAAUUCUUGCAUCGAAAGAUGCACGUCUUGCAAUGGGUCUUAUGGAACGAAGCCCUGCAGACCCUGCGUCCAUCGCAGCGUGCUCUUUUUUGCUGUACCAGCUGCUGCCAGCCGAUAAGACCAACCAGGUCUUCCUGGGCCAUUCAUUGGGGGAAUUGUCGUGCUUGGCGGCUGGGAACAGGCUUUUCAGCCUUACUCAAACUAUGCAAGUCGCGACCUACCGCAAUAAGCUAAUGAUAGAGGCUGCAGGAGGUCAGGAAUAUGGCUUGUGGGCCCUAUCAGCGCCUAAGGCGCUUGACUUGGCUCGGGACGUAAAAAGGUUGUUGCCAGCCGCGACGACUGGCACGUCCCUAGCGUUGGCGAAUGUCAAUACUCUUCAGCAGUGUGUUGUUACAGGCUCACCCGCCGAUUUUGCUCCGUGGGAAAGCGAACUACGCCGACACAUAGGCCGUUGCAGAAUCAAAAGUUUGGAAAACCCUUACGGAAUCCCCUUCCACAACCAUCACGUCCUGGCAAAAAUCCGGGAGCCCUUAUUAGACUUCAUGUGGCAAAACCUAAAAUCGCAAGGAACCAACACUCAAGAUAAACUGGAUUAUCCAAUAAUUUCCAACUUAACGGGUCAACUAGUUUGUGCGGUGCCUGAGGCACUUGAAAAUUUUGCUCGCAGCAGUUGCAACGUUGUAGAGUUUGUCAAAUGUUGCGAAAGCGUUAAUUUACUUAACCUUCACGAGGCAAUUAAUGUCGGACCUGGAGCUGUCAUCAGUAAGCUGGUAAUCAAGAAUUGUCAUACAAUCUCGAAUAAUCUGGAAUGGAAUGAAUACAUGGGCGAUGCACAAACUAGUAGCAUCAAAGCGGAAUGA